AAAUUUGCCAUGUGGCGUUCCAAACAUAAACCCAGCUUUCAACGCCCCAACAAAAAACCCGGACGAUAAUACCCUCUAUGCUGUCAACCAAAGAUUUGCUUAUAUGGACCCAAAUGCACCGAAAAAGAAAAAUGUUCAAAUGCCUAACAAAUAUAGAAACAAUAAGAUGACUGUUAGAUUAAGGCCACGCCAAGUAUUGUGUUCAAAAUGUAAAGGAAUAUGUAACGAGAAUUCAGAGAUUGUUUCAAGAAAACGUGGAAUAUCGGAGAGUUCUCAAAAUGUGUCUGCACCACCUCCAAAAAGAAGUAUCAAUGCUCCUAUAACCAGAUCUGUAAAUACUGUAAAUAAUAGAAAAACUUUACGAGUGAAAGAACCUACGUUAGUUCCAAGGUUAACCAGAUUAAACUUUAAUGAAGAUAAUUCCAUGGGUGUAAAAGUGAAUAUGAACAGCAAAAAAAUAUUAGAAAAAAUAGAAAAAUCUGAAGAAAUGGACAAAAAACAUUCCACUGAUCAUUCCUCAGACAGUUUGGACACUGAUGAUGCGGAAGAACUUUCCAUUAGGACAAAGCGAAUGUUACGAAAAAAGAGGAGUUUAAGUUCUUUAGAAGGUCAAUGGGAAGAUACAAGUCAACAAGAAAAUACAAAUAGCAACAACAAUCAGGUCUCACAGUCAAAUUCCAACAUCAACUUAGAACAACCACCUGGUGCAAUUAGUGUUUCGACUGCUAAUACAAGAACCAUAAAAAUAUCCUAUGGACCUCAAGGGGAAGGAACUGUACUUAAAAUUCCAGCAAAAAUAGACAGCCUAAAUGAUGAUUCAGAAGAAAACAUCAACAUCGAACAAGUCAAUAAACCAAAGACAACCGAUAAUAAAGCAGUACGUAGGGCAUUAAAAAAGGCCAAAAAGGAAGCAAGAAGAAAAGUUCUUCUGGCAGGAGGAUCUCCAUUAUAUUUAGGAGGAGUUUCUCCCAGAUAUACGAUAGGUAGUGCAUCUCCAAGACAAGGUUUAGGAAGCAAUUCUCCUAGAUAUCUUUGUACAACAUAUGAUAUAAAUAUUCCAAGGAGAAGAAAACAUAAAAUGAAGCAUAAAAAGAAACAUAGAGAAGAUAAAGAUCGCAAACAUAAAGAAGGAGAGGUUAGUUCAACUCAAGAAGAUUCCAAGGAGCAGUUUAUCACUCAGAAGUUGUCGAUAAAUUUGAAGCGUCUAAAUAAUUCACACACCUCACAUACAGCAUCCGAGAAAAUUGAAGAUUUGUCCAGUUCUGAUGAACACAGUGAAAUGGUUCCGAAUUUUCCUCCUCCAAAUCCUCCGUUGAUGCUCAGAAUUAAUUCACAGGCUCUAUCUAGCGCUGUAGGAGCCGAUGGAUCUCGUCUCUUAGUAGGUGAUGUGGUAUGGGGCAAAGUCCACGGUUUUCCAUGGUGGCCAGGAAAAAUUUUAACAAUGACGAAUUGUGGAUCUCAAGGUCCACAAGCACAUGUGGCUUGGUAUGGUUCAUCAACUUCUUCACUGAUGCAGUGUGAUCAACUUAUCCAUUAUUUAGAUAAUUUCAAGAUUAGGCAUAACAAAAAGAAAAAAGGGCCUUACAAAGAAGCCAUCAAACAAGCCACUACAGAAGCUAAAGAGAAUGCUGAGAAUAGAGUAAGACAACCAUUGGGAAAUUCUCCAUCUCACAAUAUUAUUCAAGUUGUUCCAUCCACUCUAGCAUCGCCAAGAGAAAUUGAUGUAGUGUCAUAAUAAUUUGUAGUCCUUAGAAUUCAGUUUUUAUAUUUAUAAAACUGUUUUGUUUUCAGUACUGUACGGAUGGAUUAAUUUUUCUGUUGUUUUGAAGUGUAAUAUAUUACAUAUCCCAAUCCCGUUGUUGAACCAUUAUGGAAAUUAUAUUUUCAAAGCAGAUUUGUGUUAUGAGUGAGUAUGGUUUUUAGUUCAAAGAUAAAUAUUUUGGUAACUGUGCAAUGUUCUAUUGAUUACUUUACCUAACUUUUCUUCUUACUGAGCUAAUAUACUUUAUGGACCACUUUGAAUAAUUGAAAUGGAAUGUGGUAUGUAAAAAAAGUGUCUUGAGGCAUAUUUUGGAACAUCUAGUUCAGUUGAAUAUGCAUUAUCAAAGUGUUUACUAUAAAGUUAGAAUUUUUGGAUGUUAUGCUAAUGAGUAUUCAAAGUACAAGCUUUUUCUCACUUGAUUUGUAGAUGUUGAGAAUUGCUCUUCUCACAUACAAGCAUUGAGAAAUAUUUUUCUCUUGAUUUCCUUUCAUUUAUGUAUCAUCUUUUAAUUAAGAGUAUCUACUUUCAAAUUGAGCAUUAAAAUUUGAAAAUAACUUGUAUGAAUCAUUCGCAGGUUUUUUGUAGGUAGUAGCUAGUUUAUAAAUUAUAUUUGAAAAUAUUAAUUUCCUCUCCUUCUAAAAUUUUGAAGCCAUUUUCCUUUCAUGUAUAUUUUUGUGAAUAUGCUGCUUUAUAUAAAAAUUAAUAAACUGUAUACAGGGUGAUGAAACCUCCUUGACAGCUUACAGAAGCAAUGUCACUAUUUUUCAAAAUAUGACUAAGAUUUUUGGCAAAAAUAAUUGUAAAUAUUCACUGAUAGUUUUAAGACUUUUUGAAGGCUUCAAUAACCUUCUUUUGCUGUGUGUAUAUUUUUUAAGUUAGUUAUUCUUGGAGUAUCGUGUUUUAUUUAUGAGAACAAUUAUUCAAAGCGAUUUAGCUAAAAACUGUUUUUUCGUGCAGUGUUCAUAUAAUACACAGCUCAUACCAUUCAUGAAUUGCUCAGCUUUUCUAGUGGUUGGAGCAAUUUAACUGCUUCUUGUGAUUCACUUUUUACAGGUUAUUAUUUUUUGUAAAAAUGAUGGUAGUUCCAUUAUUUGUAUUUAACUUAAGAAUUUUAUAAUGUACAUUUGUGAUAAUUUUUAUAUGCUACUUUUUAUUCAAGAAUCCUGAAAACCAUUCACUGGUUUUUCUCUAGGUAUCUGUUAUACAAUAAAAUAUCUGUGAUUUUAUUCCUUUGGAUAAGUAUAGUUGUAGUAAUAAAAGGAACAUUUC